UACAAGAAACGCUGAGUUCUGAUUUCUCGUGCUCUUGAUGGUGGUGUUAUUUCUUUGAUCACGAUCUUUCUCUUCUCUGCAGCUAUUCUGCAAUUCCAGAUCUUUUUGGAAUCUACUGUUUCCUCCCUUUUUGGCUUUGGUUUCUGUAAGAAUCAGGUUCGAAGUUAGGGUUUUCAUUUCCUAGUUGCCCAAUCCCUGAAAUCUACAAAUGGCUCAAGCUGUUGAAGAAUGGUACAAGCAGAUGCCAAUCAUCACUCGGUCAUAUCUUACAGCUGCAAUUGUUACAACCGUGGGAUGUUCGCUCGAGAUAAUCUCUCCUUAUCAUUUGUAUUUGAACCCAACUCUUGUCGUUAAGCAUUAUGAGUUCUGGCGGCUCAUCACAAAUUUCUUCUACUUCAGGAAAAUGGAUUUGGACUUCUUAUUCCACAUGUUCUUUCUUGCUCGGUACUGCAAGCUUCUUGAAGAAAACUCCUUCAGGGGAAGGACUGCAGAUUUCUUUUACAUGCUCUUGUUUGGGGCAACCGUCUUAACUAUCAUAGUACUUGUUGGUGUGAUGAUACCUUUUGUGUCAGAGUCUUUUGCAAAAAUUUUCUUCUUAAGCAAUUCAUUGACCUUCAUGAUGGUUUAUGUAUGGAGCAAGCAGAAUCCUUUUAUCCAUAUGAGUUUCUUGGGACUUUUUACUUUUACAGCAGCUUACCUACCAUGGGUUCUUUUGGGAUUCUCUGUACUGGUUGGCACUAGCGCUUGGGUGGAUUUGCUGGGCAUGAUAGCUGGCCAUGCAUAUUAUUUCCUCGAAGACGUAUAUCCACGGAUGACUGGUCGUCGCCCACUGAAGACUCCUUCGUUCAUAAAGGCACUGUUUACUGAUGAAACUGUUGUGGUAACUUGGCCAGCAAAUGUGAGGUUUGCUCCCCCACCAGCAGAGGACGAUCACCAAGAUUAGUCUAAAUGUGAGGGAACGGAAACUCCUUGGGGUGUAGCCAUGGUUGAACUUUUUCUUCCCUUGCAGAUGGAAAGCUGCAGGUGAGCCCCGUAAUCCACUCAGGUGAUAGGCACGGAGGUGAUGUAAUUGUGUUUGUGUUUUCAUUCCAUACUUAGUUAAAUUAACAAUGUUGGGAUGCCAGGUUUAGAACGUUGCCGCUAUUGCUGCUAGGUAGAUUUGAAGAUUGAAUCCUGGAAUUCAAAUCUGGGAGUGGAGACUAUCUAGUUGUACCUUCUGUAAUAGUUGACCCUCUGCAAAAUUACAUCCAUUGUGUAUAUUUGUUAAGAUUCAGGGUAUCAUUCGAUGUGACACUUACAAUUUAACAAUAGAAUUGUUUUCGUUGCUUCUAUAGCCUUGAACAAGAAAGUCCAAUUUUAGCCA